AAAAGAAAAAGAAGCAUUGUCACAUUCUUCCACCUCUCUCUCUGUGCUGCUUUGGUUGAAAUUUUCAGUAAAAACAAAGCAACUAUGCAGUUGAUUAUGACAUGUAAUAAUUGACAACAACAAAACUCUCUUUCUUCAUCUGAUUAAUUAUUUCCAAUGAUUGCUCGGUUUCACAUUAGAUCGAGCAAUUUUCAUCACACAGAACCCAACAAUAUCGUCGAUGAUGAGAAGAAAUUCGAGGGCAACAGGGGAUACCUCUUUCAAUGGGAUUGUUCGCCGAAUGGUGAGACUCCCACAGACCAUCAUAGGGGGCUUUUCAAGAGCAAUGGGCAUAGGAGGAAGAAGAAAUCAGUAUUCACAGCCUAAUUUCCCACUGCAACAACAACCACAAGAGCAGCAGCCUGUGAUGAUUCAAGAAGAGUGGGCAUUUCUAGCCAGUUUCGAGCAGCAGUAUGGCACCACACACCCCUUCUUCUACGCGUGCCGGUUUGUGGAAGCCCUGAAGAUAGCACAGGAUGAGCACAAGUUCAUGUUCAUGUACCUCCACUCACCGGAACACCCCUUCACGCCCUCCUUUUGCAGGGAGACCUUGUGUUCCGAGGUGGUGGUGCAGUUUCUUGACGCGAAUUUCGUUUGCUGGGGUACACUUGCAAAUGGAGGUGAGGGUUUGCAUAUGGCUUCCACAUUGAGGCCUGCGAGCUUCCCAUUCUGUGCUGUAGUGGCUCCGGCUCCUAGUGAUAACAUAUCAGUGCUACAACAGAUGGAAGGGCCAGUAUCCCCAGCCGAAUUGUUGGAGAUCUUACAAAGGACAAUGGAGGAGCAAGGACUGGCUUUCGGCAGUGCAAGGGCGAAGGAGGAAGAAAAGAGAAGGGCAGAUCACCGGUUGAGGGAAGAACAAGACGCGGCAUAUCUUGCAGCUCUCAGUCUAGAUCAGGAAAUAGAUAAUAGACUCAAGAUUUCGCCAUCAGUUGAAAGAGCUCAAAAACAAACAGAAGAUUCACACAAUGUAAAUCAUGAGAAGCCUCAACAAAAUCUUAUAAGAAAGAACAGUAAAUUGAAAGAAGCUACCACUACUUCAAGAGAAACUCAACCUAAGGAUAUUGCAAAUAGGGGAAAGAAUGCUGCUCAAGUCACACAGAUACUGAUAAGGUUUCCAAAUGGGGAAAGAAGGGAGCAAAGUUUCUUGUGCACAGACAAGGUGAAGGCAAUUCACAGAUACGUUGAUUCACUAGGCUUGCCCGGAAUUGGGAAUUACAGGUUGAUAUCAAGCUUUCCUAGAAAAGUGUAUGGUGUUGAUCAGAUGGAAAUGACUCUCAAAGAUGCUGGUCUCCAUCCUAGAGCAAGCCUGUUCUUAGAGCUUCUGUGAUAUUUAUGAGUUAGUGCCACACGUCUCACAUGUAUACACGUGCAAUCAGCUACAGAGAAUUAAACUGAUUCAAUAGCUUUAUAGCUUAUAUGUUUGCAUAUGUGCACAUACAACUCUGUGUUUUUUUCCUCAUUAAGAAAUGCUUUCUUUACAUUUUAAAUGCAUGUCCAUUUCAAUAUGGAACUUUAAACAGCUAUAAAA